AUGCUGUCUAAAGAUUCCAAUAGUUCCAACAUCAUGGGUGAUUUGGAAUACCAGGAUUAUAGAAACAAGUUCUGGUCUUCGUCCACUCCAAUUAACCUGCUGUCCAAGCCAACCACUUUUCAGCCGUUGGGGAAAGAAGAAUCAUACACAAGACACAUUAGAUCAGAAACUUUCCCUGUAACCAAAGAUGAAUCAUUCUAUCCAAGUGAUACUCAUCCAACUAAUAAAUACUUGAAAAACACCAUGAUGAAUGCUCCUAGCUAUGUUCCAAGUAAUCUCAAUUACAACAAGCAGUAUUACAAAAAAGACGACAGCUUUGAAUCAUUACAGGAUGAUUAUAACAAAUUAAAAGGGGAAUUGAUAUUAAAGAACCAAAUCAUUAAAAACCUCACUGACCAGAUUAACAUGAUGACCAAAACCGAAGCCAGAUCAUCUAGUUUCAAGUUACCCAAAAACCACUACCAAUUGUUCCAGGAUUUGCUGAAAACCUUGCAGGAUAAAUCCAUUGAGUUGCAGGAAACAAACCAACGGUUAGAAGCAGUGUUGGUUGCCAACAAUUUUAGCGACAACUAUGAUGUGGAGGAAUUGAGCCACAAAUUGGUCCACAAAUUAUCUCAGUUACUGCAAGAAAACGAAAAUCUUUUGAAAAUCAUUAGCUUUGGAAACAAAACCAACUUGUUGAUUGAGAUUGGGUUGUUGAAACAUGAAAUCCAACAGUUGAAAAAUGAAAAGUAA